AUCUUUCUCUUCAAGUCGUUGGCCCUGAAAACUAUUACCUUACUAACCCACAUUUCUUCCGCACACAUUCCACACCCGAUAGCAUGUAGUUCGAUGUUUUUUGAUAAAAAUCAUGUUCAUGCAGUAAAUUGAUGUUGGGGUAAAUGACAUUUUGGAGGUUACAAAACAUACUCCCAACAUUUGUGCGAAUAAAAAUUUUGCAAUAUAAAUAUCAGCCAACGACUAAGAAAAAUCAUGGAGUAGUCUCAGAACAGUCUAAUAGUUCAAAAGCUUGGAAAUUUUUAAACAAAACUUGUUUUGAAAAAAAAAACGAAAAUGCAAUUUUUAAAUCUAUUGAUCCUUGUAUUGGCCGCCCUGGUUUCCUCUGGCCUGGCUGACAUCAUGGAAAAGUGUUCUCGGGUUCCCAAAGAUACCUACAUUGCAGUGGAAAAUGAUUGCCGUUCCUAUAUCUAUUGUGCUGCCGAUGCUGAAGAAUCCUUCCAAGAGGCAUGUCCCAUCGAUACAUAUUUCGAUGAAAACAUUUCUGAAUGUGUUGUAGAUGAAUAUGGCAUAUGUUUGAAUAAGAAGCAAAAUGUUACCAAUUCCCAAAUCAUUACUGAGGAGGAGGAAGAAGAAGAAGACGCUGAGGGAGAAACAAAUGUCAUCGUAACGGAAAAGAAUGAAGUUAAGAAUAAAACAACGCCUAAACCCAGUGUAGAUGUAGCUGCCCACAGACCCAUUUGUAAUCCUUUGGAAAAUAGCUUUCAUCCUCAUCCCGUUCGUUGUGAAUACUAUUAUCGUUGUGUGCAUGGAUUUUUAACUAUUUUCCGUUGCAACUUCUCCCAUGCCUGGGAUCAUCCCAAGCAAAUGUGUCUGCCCCACAAGGAGGCCCAGUGUUAUGGUCAUUCGAAAAUAAGGCGAUCUUUGUAAACCGAUUAGAAUAUAGAUAAUAGUUUUAGAAUGUAUUAUAUAUUAAAUAAGAAAUAA